AUGCUUGCAAGAACGAACGCAGGCCUCUGCAGACCUAUUUCUCGAGUCCUUCUCCAGCAGAAACGUCUUGCCGGUCAUAAAACGACGUUCAAAUCUGACGAUUCCUCUGUGGAUACUGACGAGAUCGUCACCGGCAACAACCCAUGGUCUCCUACGCUUUACAAUGACAUUGUCUAUAUCAGAAAAGGUUUAAAGAACGUGGCGCUUCCAGAUAACUUCCGCCUUUCUUAUGAGCCGCUUUAUGAGGCGCCAGGCGCCAAGUACGUUGCAAUGCUCAAACGUUUAACACUCUCAUUUGGUGUCAUUGGCCUCUAUGGAGCCAAGCUUCUUUAUGAGCUGGUCCAGUUUGACGAUAUAUACGCAUUUGCUACUCUUGCUGGUACGUGGGGUCCAGCUUUGGCUGUUCAGUUCAAGACGAAAGACUAUGUUACGCGUAUCUUCCGUUUGUACGAUAAAACCAAGCCGCAAACGCUAGAAAACUUGGUUUCGGAUGAGAAGUUGGUGAUGGAGAAGCUCAAUACUACUGGAGGAAAGACAUAUAAUCAGCUUUUGACCGUUUCUGGUAACAAGUCUCUCCAGAUCACUCCCCAGACAAAUGACAUUAUCCCAUACAGAUCAUGGCAAGAGGACUUUGAUGGCCACAAGAGAUACUUUUACGUUGCCGAUAACGUGGGAGGUAUGAAGAUGGACAGAAUAUGGGGCAUUGUGGAGCACAACUCGGGCGUGGAUAACGGUCGUUACAUGAGUCUCCCAGAACAAACAAAAUAG